GGCGCCCGCAGGUUAGCCUCGAGGAAUUUAGUUUCCUUGAAAAGGUUUGUAGAAAAGCUAAGCCGGAAGAAAGGACCUGGGCCAAGUUAGUGAAUCCAAAGACAAUACACUGGUAUUGUGACGGUCCAGAACCUACCCGUGAGGCCAUCGCAUACGACGAAAGAAUACACAAACAAAUGGACGACGCCAAGAGAAGGGCCAUGAUAAAAUCUCUAGCCGUCAAGCAAAAGAAGACGGGUGAGAUCGUGGUUCCCAAUGCGCCGGGAUCAUCGGCUAAAAGGAAGCAGCCCCCAAAAUCUGACCGUCCACACAAGCAGCCAAAGGUGUCAAUGGAACCCGUGGUGGGCUUGAUGGCUGAGGGUGCUAAGACCGUCACCCAAGUUAAACACGGGGCCGGUAAGGGCCUAAUGCAUGCCCCACCCGUCAGCGAGGAGAAGCCCCCUCCCCUUCUCCGUGACGACUCGAAGUUCGCUUUGGAGAAGCUUACGUCCAUACUUUCUGCAGAGGACUAUGAGGAUCUGGGGAAUCAUUCGACGGAGGCAAUGGGGGAGACGGGGUUAUUCGCCGUCGGACAGUCCUUGGUUAUGAUGAAGGGCUUGAUGGACCGUUGCCUCAACCGUGAAGCGGCUCUGGAACGGGUACGGUUAAAAGAUGGGCAGACGGAGGAGGAGCUUAGCCAGCUGCACAAGUGGAAGUCCACAAUGGAGCAGAAGUUCGAACUCUCUGAGAAGACGAGAAAAGAACUUGAGCAGAGGACGGAGGAAGCUGGGAAGGCCUUGAAGGGUAAAGAUGACGAACUGAAGGAUUUCAAGAAGAAACUCCGUCAGGCCAGGGAGGUCGCCGUCAAAGAGUAUCGCGACUCGGAGGCUUUGCUGAAGGAGCUGGGGGGAUCGCUCCUUCAAGGCUUUGAAGAUGCACUCCGUCAGAUAAAAAAGGCCUACCCAGAUCUGGACGUGUCCAUGAUAACACUUACUGAUCAAGACCAGACGUCUGCUUUGCCCGUCGCCUCCGAAAAUACCGAUGACCUUUUCGGUGAAGAUGCUGUCCAGGGAGACGGGGAGUCCGCUGUGCCGAAUGAGGUUCCUGUUGCCGACCCCAAGAAAGCAGACUAACCCUUGUAAUUGCUGAGGAGGAUCCGUCUCCCUUUUUAUAAACUGUUAAUAAUUUGUAGACGGUUUGUUUAAGGUUUGAUUUUGUA